UUAGUCCUUAUCUAGAGUGCUCAGCUGUAAGGUGAAGAACUAUUUUUGUGGUGUUUAAUUCGGUGAGCAAAACUGUACUCAGAAGAAUUCAAAUUAGUUAAACUAACGAGGCGUGAAUUGGGCCGCAACUAAGUAAUACCACAGUGCUCCAUAAACCGUUGCAAAAGGAAGUGAUCGGUCAGACGUUUAUCCCUUAACCAUUGCUUACUGAUUACCUUCGUGACUUGGCGGAAAGUACCAUCAGGUGAUUCAAAAUGCUGAACCUAAUACAGCACGGAACAUAUGAAAGAAAAAGCAGAACAGGCUACCACGGUGAAGUAUUCAAAAAACAAAUUGCAGUCGCGUUUUUUCUACGGAUGCGGAGAGACAGUUUCAGAUUGGCUUAUAAAAUGUCACUAGCCGACAAGUAUGAAGACGUAGUGAUCUUUGACGAUAAGCGUAAGGUGAUACACUUCCUCCAGGUGAAGCACGCCCUUGCCAAAGAUGACAAGGUUAAUGAUAUCGAUUUGAAUGCACUAAAAGAUCAACACAACGGAGACUUCAGUAUUUACAAAUACCUGCAAUCCUAUCUGAAAGUUGUUGAAAAUUUUCAGAAAGACCAAUACAAAAAGCAGUUCUAUAUAUUUACUAAUAGGGAUUUAAAAAUCUCCGAUGAUGAUUGGGUGACGACUAAAGAGGUAGAAGUAGAUGAAAUCCUACGAUUUCAUGGAUCCAAGGCCCGACACCUGAAACUGGUUCCAACUAAAGAAGCGAUUAGGGAGUUGAGCGAUUUUAUCAACAAAGAUUUCGCAAACCUUAAAGAGGCAAUCAAAGAGCUUUUCAACAAUGGAACCGUCAGUAAAAUUUUAGAAACCUAUAGUACUCUUCUGAAAGACGUUUUAACAAUAAAAAAAAAGGAAUGCAGUUUUUUAGAUAGCUUCAACUCGGAAAGCGAGCAAUUCAAUGUUGCCCAACUAUUUAAUGCUCUGGAAAAAGAUAAGUUUGAUAUGAAGAAGACAAUAACAGUGAAUAACUUUUUACUCAAAAAUUCAAGGGUGAAACAUUUGCCACGUUAUGUUAGUGAGGAGGAAAUUUUGCCAUUCUUCGACGACUUUUCUCUAUUGGUGGGUCAACCAUAUGAUUUAUACCCAAUUAUUGAAAGCGAGCUGUGGACGUGGUGUGAGACGUGGAUCUGUCCUGAUAUACUCAGAAAACUGAGUAACAUCGAUCUGAUAUUUAGAGAUCUGAUAUUAAAAUUUGACCAACUAAAUAAACCCAUAAAGAAUAAAAUGAAGGCAAUUUUGAAACAAAGUGAUAUACUAAACUGUCUUAGUGAAAUUAGAAAUGAUAACGAUAACCUUGAAGGUAAGGAAGCAAAGCAAUUGCAAAAAUAUUACAUCAAUCGCCGUAUUAUAAAUGGCGAAGAUGUCUUUGAAGUUGAAAAAAGUGACACUCAGUUUGUCGAAGAGCUUGGGAAAACAUUUGAAGACCGUCAGAUCAUCGUGCUUCUGGCAGACCCUGGAAUGGGGAAGACUAGCUUGCUUCAGUUUGUAGCGCUUGAAGUGCAGAAGCAAAAUACUGUCCUCGUACUGUUGGUAUACUUGAGCGAGUUGGUAAUGGAGCUCGAAAAAGUAGAACACAUUUCAAGCUUGGAUGAUGUGCUUAAUGUACUCAAAGUGAUCCUUUCGGAGCGAUAUUUCGAUGUCAUUAAAAAUGCCCCAGAUGAAAGGGAUGGCCAAGGCUAUUCCAUUCUCAUAGAGAUGGAUGGCUUCGACGAGAUCCACUCCAAGUACACCAACAGGGUGAUUGAGAUGCUGGAACAACUCAAGUUGAAAAAGAGCAUUCGAAUCAUCAUCAGCGCCAGAAAACAUAUGCAAGUAUUAUUAGAGAAGCAAUUUAAUGUAAGAUCUAUGAUUCUGGAGCCGUUUUGUGUGGAAGAGCAAAUCAACUAUUUGAGAAAGAUAUGGUACGACCCAGAUCUAGAUGAACAUUGCUUUGAUAGCUACUCGAAACAUAUUUUAAACAAAUUUAAAUCAAAUAUCCCUUCAAAUUUUGGUGAAAUUUGUGGUGCGCCUUUCAUGGUAAAUACGCUGGGAGAGGUUUAUUUAGAAAAAUUUAAAAAUUACCAUGCAUUGAAGAAACAGAACCCAAAUCAGCUCGUUGAUCUGACUAAAGAAAAAAUGAAUAUUACACAGCUGUACAAACAGUUUAUAAGAAAAUGUUUUCACAAGAAAUUUAUGGAAAAAUUCAAGCCCAAAUAUGCUCUGAGCGACGCUGAAUUGGAUUCGUUGAUGGGUGAUUUUAUUUUGAAGCAUCAGUUGUUAGCUAUGGAGCUGCUAAACAUUGGAGUACGUAAGGAAUUGUUCAAAAAUCAAUAUUACAGAGAAAUACACGGUCAAUUUAAAAAACGAUGCGAACAUGAAUCAGAUACAUCACAACUGGUUCAUGUAGUCCAGCAGAAAGUUGAUUUUUGCCAUCGGUCUUACAGUGAAUACUUUGUGGCAAAAUAUCUAUGCGACAACAUUUUUACGUUGUCUGGAGAAAUUGUCAUACACAUUUUGUUUACAAAUCAUGGUGUUCGAAGAUUGUCUAUGACCAAGAUGGAAGGAAACCAGGCAUACCUCACGAUCUUAAGUAAUCUGUGUAAAAAAAGCUGGAGAGUUGCACUGUGGGCAUGUGAGUGUGACUGUUUGAGUAUCAUUUCCUCUUUUGAACCAAAUUUUAAAUCAUUCUCAACAAAAAACCUAACAGCUAUGUUACUGGUUGCUGCGGAAGGUGGGUUUGUUGAAAUAUGUGAAUUCUUAUUAAAGAAUAAAGUUGACGUGAAUUCAGUGGAUGAUGAACAAAGGACUGCUCUUCAUUUAGCAGCUCAAAAUGGACACGAUCAGUUGAUCCAAUUGUUGAUUACAAAAAAAGCCACUGUUAACAUUUUUUCAAUAACCGGUAUAACUCCACUUCAUAUCGCAGCUCAAAAUGGUCAUAAGAACGCUGCAGAACUUUUGAUAUCAAACAAUGCUGACGUGAAUGCAGUGAAUGAAAAACAAUGGACUGCUCUUCAUUUAGCAGCUGAAAAUGGACACGAUCAGUUGAUCCAAUUGUUGAUUAAAAAAAAAGCCACUGUUAACAUUUUUUCAAUAACCGGUAUAACUCCACUUCAUAUCGCAGCUCAAAAUGGUCAUAAGAACGCUGCAGAACUUUUGAUAUCAAACAAUGCUGACGUGAAUGCAGUGAAUGAAAAACAAUGGACUGCUCUUCAUUCAGCAGCUCAAAAUGGUCAUAAGAACGUUGCAGAGCUCUUGAUAUCAAACAAUGCUGACGUGAAUUCAGUGGAUGAAGAACAAUGGACUGCUCUUCAUUUCGCAGCUCAAAAUGGUCAUAAGAACGUUGCAGAACUCUUGAUAUCAAACAAUGCUGACGUGAAUGCAGUGCAGGAAGAUGGAUGGACUGCUCUUCAUUUCGCAGCAUUUAAUGGUCAUAAGAACGUUGCAGAGCUCUUGAUAUCAAACAAUGCUGACGUGAAUGCAGUGCAGGAAGAUGGAUGGACUGCUCUUCAUUUCGCAGCUCAAAAUGGACACGAUCAGUUGAUCCAACUGUUGAUUGAAGAAAAAGCCACUGUAAACAUUUUUUCAAAUACCGGUAGAACUCCACUUCAUAGCGCAGCACUCAAUGGUCAUAAGCACGUUGCAGAACUCUUGAUAUCAAACAAUGCUGACGUGAAUGCAGUGGAAGAAGAUGGAUGGACUGCUCUUCAUUUCGCAGCUCAAAAUGGUCAUAAGAACGCUGCAGAACUCUUGAUAUCAAACAAUGCUGACGUGAAUGCAGUGAAUGAAAAACAAUGGACUGCUCUUCGUAAUGCAGCUCAAAAUGGUCAUAAGAACGUUGCAGAGCUCUUGAUAUCAAACAAUGCUGACGUGAAUGCAGUGAAUGAAAAACAAUGGACUGCUCUUCAUUUUGCUGCGCAAGAUGGACAUAAGAACGUUGCAGAACUCUUGAUAUCAAACAAUGCUGACGUGAAUGCAGUGGAACAAGAUGGACGGACUGCUCUUCAUUUAGCAGCUCAAAAUGGACACGAUCAGUUGAUCCAAUUGUUGAUUGAAAGAAAAGCCAAUGUUAACAUUUGUUCAAAAACCGGUAGAACUCCACUUCAUAGCGCAGCACUCAAUGGUCAUAAGAACGCUGCAGAACUCUUGAUAUCAAACAAUGCUGACGUGAAUGCAGUGAAUGAAUAUGGACGGACUGCUCUUCAUUUAGCAGCUCAAAAUGGACACGAUCAGUUGAUCCAAUUGUUGAUUGAAAGAAAAGCCAAUGUUAACAUUUGUUCAAAAACCGGUAGAACUCCACUUCAUAGCGCAGCACUCAAUGGUCAUAAGAACGCUGCAGAACUCUUGAUAUCAAACAAUGCUGACGUGAAUGCAGUGAAUGAAUAUGGACGGACUGCUCUUCAUUUAGCAGCUCAAAAUGGACACGAUCAGUUGAUCCAACUGUUGAUUGAAAGAAAAGCCAAUGUUAACAUUUGUUCAAAAACCGGUAGAACUCCACUUCAUAGCGCAGCACUCAAUGGUCAUAAGAACGCUGCAGAACUCUUGAUAUCAAACAAUGCUGACGUGAAUGCAGUGGAUGAAGAUGGAUGGACUGCUCUUCAUUUUGCUGCGCAAGAUGGACAUAAGAACGUUGCAGAACUCUUGAUAUCAAACAAUGCUGACGUGAAUGCAGUGCAAGAAAAUGGAUGGACUGCUCUUCAUUUCGCAGCACUCAAUGGUCAUAAGAACGCUGCAGAACUCUUCAUAUCAAACAAUGCUGACGUGAAUGCAGUGGAACAAGAUGGACGGACUGCUCUUCAUUUAGCAGCUCAAAAUGGACACGUUCAGUUGAUCCAAUUGUUGAUUGAAAGAAAAGCCAAUGUUAACAUUUGUUCAAAAACCGGUAGAACUCCACUUCAUAGCGCAGCACUUAAUGGUCAUGAGAACGCUGCAGAACUCUUGAUAUCAAACAAUGCUGACGUGAAUGCAGUGAAUGAAUAUGGACGGACUGCUCUUCAUUUAGCAGCUCAAAAUGGACACGAUCAGUUGAUCCAAUUGUUGAUUGAAAGAAAAGCCAAUGUUAACAUUUGUUCAAAAACCGGUAGAACUCCACUUCAUAGCGCAGCACUCAAUGGUCAUAAGAACGCUGCAGAACUCUUGAUAUCAAACAAUGCUGACGUGAAUGCAGUGAAUGAAUAUGGACGGACUGCUCUUCAUUUAGCAGCUCAAAAUGGACACGAUCAGUUGAUCCAAUUGUUGAUUGAAAGAAAAGCCAAUGUUAACAUUUGUUCAAAAACCGGUAGAACUCCACUUCAUAGCGCAGCACUCAAUGGUCAUAAGAACGCUGCAGAACUCUUGAUAUCAAACAAUGCUGACGUGAAUGCAGUGGAUGAAGAUGGAUGGACUGCUCUUCAUUUUGCUGCGCAAGAUGGACAUAAGAACGUUGCAGAACUCUUGAUAUCAAACAAUGCUGACGUGAAUGCAGUGCAAGAAAAUGGAUGGACUGCUCUUCAUUUCGCUGCGCAAGAUGGACAUAAGAACGUUGCAGAGCUCUUGAUAUCAAACAAUGCUGACGUGAAUGCAGUGGAACAAGAUGGACGGACUGCUCUUCAUUUAGCAGCUGAUAAUGGACACGAUCAGUUGAUCCAAUUGUUGAUUGAAAGAAAAGCCAAUGUUAACAUUUGUUCAAAAACCGGUAGAACUCCACUUCAUAGCGCAGCACUCAAUGGUCAUAAGAACGCUGCAGAACUCUUGAUAUCAAACAAUGCUGACGUGAAUGCAGUGAAUGAAUAUGGACGGACUGCUCUUCAUUUAGCAGCUCAAAAUGGACACGAUCAGUUGAUCCAAUUGUUGAUUGAAAGAAAAGCCAAUGUUAACAUUUGUUCAAAAACCGGUAGAACUCCACUUCAUAGCGCAGCACUCAAUGGUCAUAAGAACGCUGCAGAACUCUUGAUAUCAAACAAUGCUGACGUGAAUGCAGUGGAUGAAGAUGGAUGGACUGCUCUUCAUUUUGCUGCGCAAGAUGGACAUAAGAACGUUGCAGAACUCUUGAUAUCAAACAAUGCUGACGUGAAUGCAGUGCAAGCAAAUGGAUGGACUGCUCUUCAUUUCGCAGCACUCAAUGGUCAUAAGAACGCUGCAGAACUCUUCAUAUCAAACAAUGCUGACGUGAAUGCAGUGGAUGAAGAUGGAUGGACUGCUCUUCAUUUAGCAGCUGAAAAUGGACACGAUCAGUUGAUCCAAUUGUUGAUUGAAAGAAAAGCCAAUGUUAACAUUUGUUCAAAAACCGGUAGAACUCCACUUCAUAGCGCAGCACUCAAUGGUCAUAAGAACGCUGCAGAACUCUUGAUAUCAAACAAUGCUGACGUGAAUGCAGUGGAUGAAGAUGGAUGGACUGCUCUUCAUUUUGCAGCUCAAAAUGGACACGAUCAGUUGAUCCAAUUGUUGAUUGAAAGAAAAGCCAAUGUUAACAUUUGUUCAAAAACCGGUAGAACUCCACUUCAUAGCGCAGCACUCAAUGGUCAUAAGAACGUUGCAGAAUUCUUGAUAUCAAACAAUGCUGACGUGAAUGCAGUGGAUGAAGAUGGAUGGACUGCUCUUCAUUUUGCAGCUCAAAAUGGACACGAUCAGUUGAUCCAAUUGUUGAUUGAAAGAAAAGCCAAUGUUAACAUUUGUUCAAAAACCGGUAGAACUCCACUUCAUAGCGCAGCACUCAAUGGUCAUAAGAACGUUGCAGAAUUCUUGAUAUCAAACAAUGCUGACGUGAAUGCAGUGGAUGAAGAUGGAUGGACUGCUCUUCAUUUUGCUGCGCAAGAUGGACAUAAGAACGUUGCAGAACUCUUGAUAUCAAAUAAUGCUGACGUGAAUGCAGUGCAAGAAAAUGGAUGGACAUAAGAACGUUGCAGAGCUCUUGAUAUCAAACAAUGCUGACGUGAAUGCAGUGGAUGAAAAUCAAUGUACUGCUCUUCUUUACGCAGCUCGAAAUUUUCACUACCGGUUGUUCGAACUGUUGAUUUCUUAAAUUUGAAUUGAUUUUUUGUAUUUCUUGUACUUUUAUUUUUGAAUUUUGUUUUAAUUUUUCUACUCUUAUUUUAGUCAACUUAGGCGGUCUUGUUUCAUAUGUGGCUUUGGAGAGAUUUGAACUCGUGACGUUGGCGUAAGAGGUACGGAUGCUAACCAAUACGCAAAGAUCACAUUAGUUCAAUCACCGGUAGAAUUCUGCUUCAUAGCGCAGCAUGGCAUGGUCAUAAAAAAUGUUACAGAUGUGAACAUGGUCGACGAAGACUGCAGUUGGCAGCUUGAAAUGGACAUGCUCAGGUUAUCGAACUAUUGAAUAACAAGGGACCAAACACCAGCUCUCGGGAUAUUAAAGGUAGAGCCAGGGCUCUACAUUUUCGAAGCUCUACAGCCAGGCUGUACUUUUUCUCGCCUUGCUUUGCCCAUUUUCUUUCAAUGAAAGCAGCAUCGGUUUUAGAGUUGAAACUUAACCUCACCACAUUGACUUUCAAUUUAUUUCACCGACACUUUGUCACCUGCUCUUGUUACUUUUUUAAAAUAAACAUGUGGAGGAAAGAUAGUAUCUGCAAUCUUCAAAUGUUUACAUGUGCAAAAUGCAUUAAAUAUAUAUAUUUUGAUUUCUACGCAACUUCGAUUGAACACCUCCAUGAAAGGCUAGCUCUUUCACUCGUCCGCUUCACCGAAGCUUGAAAGGAACACGAAUGAUGCGACGGGAAAAAGAAAGAAUAGCGAUAGACAAUUUGUUUAUAGACGUCAACUGAGGUGCUAGAAUGAUCCAAAACUGCUCGACUGCAACAGAAAAAAGAAAACUAGCAGUUUCUUCGUCGUAUCUAUUUUGUCGAUUGAAGCCGAUAUUGUGACGCCCUGGGUAGAACUGCACUAUGAAAGUUUGACAGAUAAAAUGAGGGGUUAGUGAAUUUUCGAGGGGUGAAUCGAUUAGCUUGGGACCGAAGAGAGUACCAGAGCUGAGCGAAAAAGUUGAGCACGGUAUUUCGGGAUCUUCUAGUCUUAGAGUUACCUCUAUGGUAGAACUGCGCUUCACAUCUCAGCAUUCAGUGCACAGUAAUAGGAUUUCCAAAUUUCGCGGAAAUUAACUACCGAAUAGAGAAUCACGUUCACUCACAUUCACUCGAUGUUGGCAAAUGAUAUAAACUAGCUCAAAUAUUUCGAAAAUGCACCUUGAAAAACUGGAAUUAUCAUGGAAUUUCAAAAGACCUCAAAAGCCUGGAAUUAUAAGGAAAUGUUGUCAUCAAUCAGGGAAUUUUUUUGUAAAGUAUGUUCAUUAGAGUCCCAGAAUCAUGAAAAUGUGUCUAGUCCUGUUGCGAAAAUGUACUUUCUGAGCUCUUAUUUGUUCUGUGACAGCUCAAAGCUAUAAAGUUUAUUAUUAUGAGUUUGAAGUUAUUUUAGUUCAAUACAAUCUACAUACCAUCGGUCUAAAGCUACGUAAUUCACAAUUCCAAUAUGUUUAAUAAAUUCAAAAUUAUUUUAAGAUUAACCUGUAAUUAGU